GUGUACUUUGCGAUCAAUGUUUACGCUGUUUGAAAUAAGGGAUUAGAGAAUGUCUACGUCUACGGCGACAUUGCGUUUUCAUAAUGUCACAGAUCUAGGGGCCUAUAUUAAUCAUAAGGAUGAAUUAUAAUUCUCGAAAGAGUUUUAGUGGCUUUCCAACACCAGCCAGGCCUAUUCCGAAGUUUAUUCAAGAACCAUCGUUCUCACAGAAAAAGAACAAUGGAGCGACCCCACAUGAAUGUCAACCUCCCCGUCCUCCGGCUAAGAGUCUACCCUCAGUCAGUAGAUUGUUUCCUCAUCGAUCAAGAACAGACGAUGAGAACCAAGCAAGGAAUGUCUCCUUCAGACAAGCAGAUCAGUCAUCGGUCCUUGAGAGUGCGCACUAUAACCAGAGCAGUGGAGUUUACUUUGAUCAGUGUUUCAGGGUGGACAGGAGACUAGGAGGAUCAUUUGGAGAAGUCUUUCAGGUGCGGAGUAAAGAGGAUGGCCAGCUCUAUGCAGUCAAGAGAUCAAGAGAUAGAUUCAAAGGAGAGUCGGAUAAGAGGAGAAAGAUGGAAGAAGUGAAGAAACAUGAGAGUCUGUCUAAACAUCCUAACUGUGUAGAGUUCUAUAAGGCAUGGGCUGAAAGAGGCCAUCUUUAUAUACAAACUGAACUCUGUCAAAUGAGUUUGCAGGCUUAUGCUGAGCAGAAUCACAAGAUUCCUGAGAACAUUCUCUGGGGCUUCCUGGUUGAUCUUAUACAGGGAUUGGCUCACAUGCAUUCACAUGGUCUCCUUCAUCUUGAUGUGAAACCAGAAAACAUCUUUAUCUCUUUCCACCAAGUCUGCAAGCUAGGGGACUUUGGACUCUCUGUGGACAUGGAUGAGCAUGAUGUCACAGACACUCAGGAAGGGGACCCUAAAUACUUAGCACCUGAGUUAUUACAAGGACACUUUGGAAUGCAUGCAGAUGUGUACAGCUUAGGUAUUACAAUCCUAGAGCUAGCGAGUGACCUUGAACUACCUCGUAAUGGAGAUUCAUGGCAUGAUCUGAGGCAAGGCAGGAUACCAUGGCAACUAACAGCAGGUAUCUCAUCUGAAUUGAAAGGAUUGAUAAGGUCUAUGAUGGAUCCAGACUUUAGAAAGAGACCAUCCCUUGCAUCCUUGAUGGAGACUAGUCUGGUUCAAAGCACUAUUGCAUGGCAGAGGAGAAAGAGGGUGCUCAACAAAAUGUGGAACACGUUUCAUGGCUUCCUGUCGCUCCUCUUCUCUCUAAUGAGUGCUCUCGUCUUCAAGAUCUUAUCUCCAUCAAGACGUUUCCAUAGUAACAUGAAUGCAGAAGCGAUUGAUGCUCCUGAUCUGAAGCAGAGACAUCCUUCAUCUUGGGAUCUCAGCUUCUCAGACGAUGAGAUAUUUGAGAGUGACAUAUCGCAUAGUUCGUUGGGCUGUCCAUUGGGAAGCCUAUCAUUCUCUAGUGAGGAAGAUACCAGCUCUAUUCAACAUUCAAGACCUAUUCACAACAGUAAGAGUGCAUUGACCCCAGCUACACCCAAACUGAUAAAGAAACAUAGUGGCCCUACACCUAGAAGCUCUUCACCAAUCAUUCUCAACAGACCACCUUCAAGGGUGAGUCCCUAUGGAAGUCCCUGUGGUAGUCCUAACGUAAGCCUGGUCCGCAGCUCUGCUUGGAUUGGUACCCCGGCACGCCCUUCCCCAUCGGUACGCACUUCUAGAUGUACACCCAGUAAACUAGACUUCAGCUCAGGAGACGAUGAGUCAGAGAGACAUGGCAUCAUGAUUGAACCCAGGAGCUUAAGUUUGGAAUUUGAUGAGUUGGAUGAAGACAGUGACUGAAUGAAAGACUACCAUGGACAUGUGCAAUGCUGAGAAAGUUCAUCUAUGAAGAGGAAAAGAAGAAUGGUAUGAAGAAAGGCGUCCAACAUUUGACUUGGAGAAGAUUGGUCCAAUUAUAUCAAGACUAAUACCCGAGUCACAUCUCCAUAUCGACACCAGACUGAUGGAUUCCUGGCUUUUAAAGGGGAAGUCCACCCUGAUAUUAAGUUGCUUUUAAUAGAAGCAGAAAAAUGAGGGAAACAAAUCAGUGAACAUUGAGCAAAAGCCGAUGAAAAAGAAGAAAGUUAUACAUUUUUGAAGUUGUGAUAAAUCAAACACAGAUUGGCAUCUCUUUGACCCACAGCGGUUUGCUUCCAUUUGGGAUAAAUAUUUAGCCAGAAGCAUCAACUAAAUACCAUACCUCAUAUGGCCAAGAAUGUGGUAUAAGCCAAAAUGUUAAAUACUCCCAUUUCUGACUUAAGUAUUGGAAUGAAUACCGGCCCUGAUUCAGAGGUGAUACAAGACCCUAUCUAUUGGUUCUAAUUUUUGUUCUAAAGGUUAAUAGGUUUUCCUAUUGUUUGUAUUCCUGAAACACAAAUACAUGUAUCCCUAUACCAUAGGAUUCCUGAUUGCAAGAAUGGAAUUUAUUUUGAACAUUGGUUGCAUUAUUCUGAGGUCUGAAUAUUCUGAAGGUUUAAUAUUCUAAAAGUGAAACAGAGUUGCAAUUUCAUUUUGAACCUUUGGUGUUACACGUAGGAAGCCUAUUUUCUUGUCGGAAAUAUGAACCUUAUUUCAUUUUCUGAAAUUUAAACCCUUUUUCAGUUUUAGAAUUAUGAACCCAAUUUCAUUUUCAGAGUUAUGAACUUCUUAGAUAAUGAACCUUUGGAUCAACGAAAUGUCAGAGUUUUAAAUAUUUUGAAAAAUAGUUCAUGUAUAUAACCAGAAAUGUAAUGAAGUUCACUCUCGUGCAAAUUGAACUACCGUUUUGUGGUGAUUCACGCUUGGGUCUCAUCUACACAGCUGAUGCAAAGGAUGCCUGGAACCCUGUUUCACAAAGCUUGUGUUCAGUAACAAGCAUCACAUUUCUGUAACAAAUUUGCUCUCAGCCAAUCAAAUGCAACCAUUUCAGUAGCUUAUAACAGUUGUUGCAAUUUGUUAUUGAUAACAAGAUUCAUGAAACAGGGCCCUGGUUUAAAAAAAUCCUCAACUCAAAGCAUGUAUCUCCAGGGGACCAUGAAAGUAACCCAUAUCAGAAUGUAACCAGUCUGUCUCUGCAGAAGCGCAGUUAGCACUAGUCCACUGCCUGGACUGUUGCCGUGUCAUGCGUCCAAUCAGCUGAGAAAUUAACAAACCCUCAACGCUAUAACGAAGACAGCCGUGCCUUUUAUUCUCACCCUCGCAAACGGUCCAUUUGAAUUUGCCUUUCUCUCCAAAAAUUUUCUGGGAGAUUAAGCCCGCCUACAAAUCUACACCCUGUUGAAUGUACACUGAUUGGACAAGUAACGGAACGGGUGUAUUUUCGGGGAUGGCGCGAUCUGUAUUGGUAAUGUGUACGGAAAGACUACAUAGAUGAUUGAAGAAUAAUAAAUAUAUAAAAAAGGGCAGAAUCUGGACUAUGGGUACACUAAUCAUUUCUCUUUCCGUUGAGAAAGCUGCUGUAAUGACAAAAAUUGAAUGUACAGUCAAACUUGUAUAUAAAGACCACCCUUCUUGGCUCCCUUGAGCGGUCUUUAAAUACAGUUUUUCACUGUAUAAAGACUGCU